UCACAAGUUUCCUAAUGAAUAAUACAUUGAAUGGUUAUAACAAAAGGGGAUUAACUGCUGUUUCAUAUCAUAUGAUAACACUAUCUAUGAAUUGACUGAACUAUUAGUAAUGCGAUUCCAGUCUAAUAUAGAGUUCACUGGAAAUCGAUUGCAGUGUUUGUCAGUCAUAUUGUCAACCAUUUUGUUAAACAAUUAAUACAUUGUUUUGUAUUAAACUCUGAAAAAACUUUGUGUCCGAUAGUAGUGGACAACUGACCCGAACUAACCUUUUAUUUAAUUGGAAAUAAUGGAUGAGAGUGUCCGCUGUGUACCGACGUCGACGCCUAAUACAGGAGUGGUGACCACUACUGGUGGUACACCAAAGCGAGGCCUCGAUGUGUGCGGCGCUUACGAUCCACAAGUACUACAUAACAAUCUGGUCGUGAACUCAAUAUGUCCUCAAAAUAAUUAUGGAACUGAUGGACAAACUAUGGAUAUGACUGCUUAUGGCGUACAACCGCAUUACGGACCGAAAAAUGUGUCCUAUAAGGCCAUCGAUGUACGUCUUCGGUCUUUCAAUGCCAACAAUUGCUGGGACCCUAUGGUACCCGUCUGUCCCGAAGAUUUGGCCAGAGCUGGCUUCUACUCAAUUGGAAUGAGUGAUUAYGUGAAAUGUUUUUACUGUGACGGAGGUCUAUGUAAUUGGGAACCGGGAGAUGAUCCGUGGGUAGAACACGCCAAGUGGUUUCCAAAUUGUCAAUUCGUCAAACUUAAUAAAAGUCAAGUAUUUGUCGACGAGUGUCGCCGAAUGGCCGAACGGGAACACCAGAGACAGUCUAAUGGUAGUACUGGUGGCGAUUCAGACUCUGAAUAUAACUCUAGUGGUGACGAUUACGAAGACAAUGAAAGACUAUUAGCCAUUAAUGCUGUCAACGAAUGGAUGCACAGCGAUAUUGUGCUUCAACUUAUCGAUUUGGAUGCCUUUCCUAUGGAUGUCAUCAAAGGUGUAUUAAACAAGAGAUGGUAUGAUGAGAGACAGCCUUUCUCAUCGUUUGCCCAGAUUUACGAUGCAGUCUCCGAGUGGCGCAGACAACCAUUGAUUCAAACUACACAUUUUGUUGAACCCGUAAGCAUUGAAAACACUGGUGACGAACCAAACACAUCCAGUGAUGAUGAGUUAAACUACUCAUUGCCGAGUUCUCAGUCAUCAGUUUCAUCGACUACUUCUACGCUAUCAUCAUAUUCAUCAUCACCUGAGGCGUCACAGGAAUUGUCGCCAACAACAAGUGCUAUUGACGACAAUCGUCUGUUAUGUAAAAUAUGUUUAGACCGUGAGAUCGGUGUAGUAUUUUUGCCGUGUGGUCACCAAUUGGCAUGUACUCUAUGUGCUCCGUGUGUUACCGAUUGUCCAAUAUGUCGGUGUGUUAUCAAAGGAAGUGUUAGAACUUUCUUUUCCUAAAUGUAUUUUCAAAAUUGUUUUCAAAUAUUCAAAAUUACUAAAUUUUUUAAUUGACACAUUUGUAAAUUAAUUAAAUAUGCAAAAUUUGCUACAAAUAAUAAUAAUCUUUCAUUUAGUUAUUACAUCUAAAAGUCUACUUUAAUAUAUCUACCGGUAAUAUUCUCAUGUGAUAUACUGAAUGAGAAUUAUUAAGCUUUUAUUAAAAACUUGAUUAAAUUUAUCACUAAUUUUCAGGUAAAGCGGUAAAUGUUUUUCAAUAAAAACUAGGAUAUAAUAGAAUAAUAAAUUGUAUUUUUUACUUAUUAAAAAUAUUGUAUAAUCA